AUGUCGUACAUUAAAAGUGACUUCGAGAGGUAUCUGGAUGGAGAGCUCGUUGGAGAUCCAGUUGCUUUAGAACGGGUGAAACGUCAGAUCAAUGCCGGAAGAAAAAAUACAUUGAAAGUGAUUGAAAUAAACGAAGAUGAUGAGGAAGAAGAAGAAGAGGAAGAAGAGGACGUCGAUGAUUUUGGAGAAGAAGACAGAUACUUUGAAGAAACACGAAUGCAGAUGGCCGAGCAAACGAGAAUUCUGCAACAUAGAAAAGAGAUGGAAGUGAUGAGAGCUCUGCUAGUGAAAGUCAAGUUGGGGGAGUGUUCGUUUCAUAUUAGUGCAGUGUUCCUUGUCUGGUUUGCAUCUUCCAUCAUCGCUGCAGCAAGUCCUUUUCUCAUCACAACGUAUGCAUCAAAAGACUCCGUACUCCAUCAACUCUGGCCUUAUACCACAGUGAUCACCUGCUCUCUUCUCAUUGUUAUCGGUGGAUUCCACUUAAAAAACAAGUAUGAGUUCAAAUGCGCACUUCAAAACGACGAAGUCUACAUCAGUGAGGAUGACAUCCCCGAAUAUGAUCACCGAACCAUUGCUCAAAUGAAUUUCCGAAUCGAUGAGUUAAAAGGAGAUUAUACACUUUUUAAUCGCAUCUGCGCCUUCCUCGCCAUCUGUCUCGUUGGAAUGCUGAUUUCGAUGGCUCGCGGAUAUUGA